AUGGCUCAAAUCCAGGAGCUGAAUGCUCACGAACGCCCUCCGGAGGCUAUCCGACAACGCUAUAAGACAUAUCAGAAGAUAACGCUUGCCGACAUUGAUGAAGACCAUGGCAUCAUCGACCUUAGGACCCUGAACCCCGAGGAUCUCCCGGAUAGUGUAUCUCUGUCGCAUUGGGUUUCAAGUGAUGGCCUUCAAUUCGCAUUCGAACAGUUUGCUGGGGACCAGAAGUAUAAUCUUCCGGAGAAUUUGCCCGUUUUCACCCAUAAGCUUGUCUCUGGUCUACAAUUGAUCCCAUCAAUUUUACCUCCUGCUAUUCAAAUAGAGCUUCUCUCUCGCUUGCUUCACCGGGAUCUAUCGAACAAUGAGCAUCAAACGAACCUUCACCUGCAUUACGAUAUCACCUAUCCCGACCAGGCCUCGAGCACCCAUCAGCCAGAUCUCGCUCCAGCCGAGAACGGUCAAAGAGCAUCUCAAAGUGUAUCUUUCUUUGAAGAUGAUCCCUCCCGAGUCUUAUAUCCCAAGGACCCGCAAGUACAUAGGCCCCUCACAGUCCAGCAGAUCCUGACGAAGAGACUUCGUUGGGUGACCCUCGGCGGGCAAUACGACUGGACUGCUAAAGUGUACCCCCCUGGAUGCCCGCCCUCAUUUCCUAAUGAUGUCGCGAGUCUUCUGCGGGCUGUCUUCCCACAGACAAAGGCCGAAGCAGCUAUUCUCAAUGUCUACUCACCUGGAGAUACCCUGAGUCCGCAUCGAGAUGUCAGCGAGGAGUGUGAUAUCGGUCUGAUCAGUAUUAGUUUUGGCUGCGAAGGACUGUUCCUUAUCAGCCACGAUGAUGGGUCUGGCUGCGAAAUCAUUCGUCUCCGGUCUGGAGAUGCGGUGUAUAUGGAUGGCACUUCCCGCUUCGCGUGGCACGCGGUACCGAAGAUUGUUCCCGGUACAUGCCCAGAGUGGCUGGCUGAUUGGCCAUCUGUCAGUUCCAAAGGCUCUGACGUGACACGAUAUGACAAAUGGAAGAGGUGGAUGGCCGGAAAGCGAGUGAAUUUGAAUGUCCGACAGAUGUCUGCCACUGGGCCUCAUGGUUGA